AUGUCGCCUCAAGUGACCACGACAUGUUUCCAAGAGGCAGAGGUGGCGCCUCUGCGCGUGUUGGUGCUUCCCCACGCCGGUGGCGCCUCGCGUGCUCUGGCGCUUGAGUGGGGCAAGAGUUUUCGCGCUGCGGGACUCAACGUGGAGUUGUGGGGCGUGGACUGGACGUGGACGGCGGAGGACGUCGUGGAAGACGCCGCCGCCUGCUCCCUCGAGCUCGUAGCUGCCAUCUGCGCGCAACUGAGCAUUGGAUUCUUCGGUAAACCCUUCGUGUUGGUAGGUCAUAGUCUCGGUGCGUUAGUGGCGCUGGCAUUGACGCAUUACCUCGAGCACCGCAAGUUCUCAGCACCCCGUCACGUUUUCUUCUCGGGGGCUGCGGGACCUGGUCCCUGGACGCUGUACGACACGAACGCACUGCAGCAAGACUCGCAGCUGCUGAAGUUGCUGGAACAAUGGGGUGGCACGGACACGCAACUUCUGGAGAUCCCAGAGCAAAAGCAGAAGCUCCUGACCGCGCUACGUACUGAUCUACAGCUACACAAUGGGCUCGUGCAAUGGUUCACGCAGCAGAAAGAGGUCAAGAUCCGCUCCGACGUGACCGUCUACGGUGGAUCGGAAGAUCCCGCCGCCCCUGCGGAUUCUUUGCCCAAGUGGAGAGAUGUGUGUGCUGAAGGCAGCGAGUUUGAAGUCAAGCUGUUCACAGGCGGACACUUCUACCUCACGAGUGCUGAGAGUCAGAAGACUUUCUCCCAGUCUUUCAUUGCCAAACUGGAGAAGGUGUCAUCCCUUGUCCUAAGGGAGUCGCGCACGUUGAUCGACGGAUUGAACGCGAAGCACGGGGCUUACCCGUCUGAGAAUUGCUUGCACGACAUGUUUUAUGAGGCAGCGAAGCGAACUCCGGACGCAGUUGCAGUCUACUACGAGGGCAAGACGUUGACAUUCCGUCAACUGGACGAGCAAAGUGAACGACUCGCUGACUAUCUGUAUCACGCUGGUGUGCGUCCGAACUGCAUCUCUGGCAUCUUCAUGGAGCAUUGCAUCGAGUUUGUCAUCGCCUACGUCGCAGCGCUGAAAGCUGGUGGAGCGUAUAUGCCGUUAGAGAUCGUGUAUCCGCCGGACCUUCUUGAACGCGUCAUGGAAGAGUCCAAACCGACCAUUGUACUGACCAAGAAGAAGUUCCGCAACCGUCUGCCAGCCUGGCAACAAGCACUGGAGCUGGACGACGGCUGGAUUGAGUCCUUAGCUCGCCAGAAAAUCCCAGUGAUGCCCGCAGACCGCACGCGGACGCAUCCAGACGAUCUGGCUUACGUAGUCAUGUCUUCAGGCACUACAGGAGUCCCUAAAGGAAUCUGCUGUCCUCACCGUGGCGCCGUGCACUCGUACGACUGGCGUCUCACUCAUUGCUCGUACAAGGACGACGACCGAGUGGCUUGCCACGUCUUCUUCGUGUGGGAACUGCUACGUCCAAUGCUCGGCAACCGACCACUGUAUGUCAUCCCAGACAACACCAUCUACGACCCUGUCAAGCUCGUGGACUACCUGGCAACGCACAGUAUCACACGCAUCCUCUUCACGCCGUCGCUGCUCCAGUUGAUCCUGGACACCUGCACGAAGGAAGAAUUACUACAGAAGCUGUCCAAGUUACGUCUGGUGUGGCUUUGUGGUGAGGUGGUGACGCUGGAGCUACGCGAUCGCUUUGUUCGUCUGUUCCCCAAGUGCGAGCUGCAGAAUCUCUACAGCGUCUCGGAGUGCCACGACGUGAGUGCAGUGGAUCUGGCUGCAAUGAGCGACUUGGACAACUCGUUGUCGACGAAGUACGCGUCUUGUGGCGAAGUCAUGCCGAAUGUGAAGGCAUAUGUGCUGGAUGACGACUUCAAACCCGUGUCUAUCGGCGUCCCUGGAGAGCUGUACAUUGGAGGACCCUGUCUGGCUAUCGGGUACCUCAAUCGCCCAGAACAGACCGCACAGCGCUUCCUAAAGCACGUUGUACCCGGAGAGACCGUGUACAGGACGGGAGAUCGUGCACGCUUCUUACCUAAUGGCCACUUGGAACUCAUCGGUCGGUGCGACUUUAUGGUGAAGAUUCGUGGCUACAGUGUCGUGUUGGGUGCUGUGGAGUCAGCAUUAGCGCAACAUCCUUUGGUGUCCACGUCGGUGGUGCUCACGGAAGGCGACGAAGGUGAAGACAAGCGGUUGGUUGCCUACAUUGUGCCGGAAGACUGGGAAAAGGUGCCAAGUGCGUCAAACCUUCGCGAGUUUCUCAAGGAGAAGCUGCCGCACUAUGCGAUCCCGUCGGUGUUUGUACAACUCGAUGCUUUGCCCAUUAACAGUGCAAGUGGCAAGUUGGAUCGUAAGAAAAUGCCGUCGAUCGAAGAAGCCAAGAAGCUGCGUAACGAAUCGAUCGACUUGUCGGUGGACCCGCAGAACUUGCCGCAGACCGAGACGGAGAAGAAGCUCGCGUGCAUCUGGUCGGAGCUGCUACGUCUCGAGAACGACAGCGUCUUGCACCGUGAAGCCAGCUUCUUUGACGUGGGCGGACACAGUUUGCUGUCCACUCGACUGGUCUCCAGUAUCCGCGAUACUUUCGACGUUCACUUGACUCUAGCAGACAUUCUCUCGUCGCCUGAGUUGUGCUCGAUAGCGUCUCGAAUCGACCAAUCGCUUGGUGGUCCAGCUGAUAAUGAUACUAAAACGGUGGCUGAGAAGACGGAGAAGAAGGUGGUGCUCCCGCUUGAAGCUGUCCUGGAUGCGUCGAUUUACCCUGCUGCCACUCGUAAGGCCGGGUACAGUCGCUACCGUGUGGAGAUGGUGAGUCUACCGCCACGCAACUUGUUCCUGACUGGUGCCACCGGAUUCCUCGGUGUGCAUCUGCUACAUGCACUGCUCAAGUACUCGACCAGCGUCGUCUUCUGUCUGGUUCGUGCUGCUGAUGAAGACGCAGCUAUGGAUCGCAUAAAGAAUGCACUCAAAGAGUUCGCGCUUCUCGAGGAAGCGCAGAAAUGCCAUCUGGAAGACCGUGUGAUCCCCGUCCCGGGCAACCUCGCGCAGCCGCUGCUGGGUCUUGAUGCUGACAUGUUCAAGAUGCUGGCGACUGAGAUCGACGCCAUCUUGCAUAAUGGCGCAGACGUCAACCUGGUCAAGCCAUACUCUUCUCUGAAGAGCGUCAAUGUGCUGGGAACACAGGAAGUAUUGCGUCUUGCUGUGACGAACGGACUGGCCAAGACGCGUGUAAAGCCUGUACACUACAUCUCAACGAACGGAGUGUUCCCGUCAACACUAAGUGCACCUAGAUAUCUCGAGACGGCGGACUUGAGUGAGCUGUCCGAUCAGCUCGACAAUGGCUACGCACAGAGCAAGUGGGUGGCCGAGCAAAUGUGCCACGAAGCAGCUCAUCGCGGUCUUCCGGUGUCGAUUCUGCGUCCGGGCAACAUGGCUCCGUCCUCCUUCUCUGGUCAAUGGAACACCAGUGACUUCAUCUACCUGCUGCUUAAGGGCUGCGCAGGUCUCGGCGCUGUGCCAGCUCGCUCUGACUGGUACUUGGACAUGACCCCCGUGGACUACGCAGCACGUGCCAUCGUGCACUUCGCUGCGGUGCAUCCGGUGGAGGCGCUUGGCCAGACGCUUCACAUCCAGAACCCGUCGCUUCCAGUCAAGAGUGACGCGUUCUUUGAGUUCUUUACGGCUGCAAUGGCGAGCAAGCAACUGACUGCAGUCGAGUAUUCACAGUGGAAACGUAGCUUGGAUCAAGCUGCGAGUAAGACGGACGCCCCGUUGGAGCUGCAGAAGCUGGCGGCGGGCAUCGACUCGUUCGAGGUUUAUUUCCAGAGCGACAAGGUGUUCGACGCGACGCUCUCGACUGAGCUAUUGCAGUCCGCUGGCAUCACGUGCCCGACAGUCAACAAGCCGCUUCUGGUUACGUACACGGGCAAAUGGUGA